AUUAAUCAGACUGAACUGCGCAUUGACAAAUGUACUCAAAGAGAUGCGCUGCUCUUCAACAGAUUUCAUCACUUACCUACCUGUUCGAAACUUGGAUAUUAUAUUGUCAGUUAGCUCUCUAUUUCGACUAAGAAGUUGCUUUAUGCUGCCGACAAACAAGGAGAAUCUUCGUGAUUCGCAUGAUUCAACAGAUGACUCUUCCUCAUCUUCUUUUGAAUCUUCUUCUGAAGAAGAAGACAUUUGCAGUGAGGGGAGUUAUAGGAACACAUAUGGUGUUAGGAGAGAUGAAUUUAACCCACCGUCGAAUUCUGAGGAUAGUUCGGAGGGAAGUUUCGCAGUGCAUCAAUCAUCACAUUCUGAUGGAGGUUCAUCUGUAAAUGAUGAAAUUACGAUCAGAGACUGGUCAACUUCUACAAUUUACAGAGCGGUGAUCUGUGUAAGGCUCAUUGAAAAUAUAUCAUUAUUAUUUGCAGUUCUUUAUGUAAUGAUUUUGCUUGCAAUCUGGUAUUUAUAUAUGACUUUUGCUAUUUGGAACUGGAUUGACUCAUAAAAAACUUUAAUUCAUUAACAGUCGCUAAAAACAUGAAUUUCCUUGUUACACUAACACCAAGGCUGUUAAUGUUCCUUUAAAUAUACUAUCAACAGUUUUUGCAAUAUCAGCAUUUUCAUCAGUAAUGGUUGUUCGUGUAAGAGGUAAUGUUAUAAAUUAAAACUUGUCGAUUUCUUGAUUUGUCUA